AGCAGCUAAAGGAAAGCUUUCACAUUGAUUCAUGGCUGGUGUUAGAGUUGAGCUGCUGGUAGUCCUGACUGCGACUCUGCUGGUUUCAGUAGAGGGAUGGGUGCGGCUCAAGAAAGUUCAACGUACUAAUGUUUAUGAGAGCCGCCAGCGGUCUGAACCACGAAGUGUUACCUUGCCAGAUGACAGCAGGGAGGACGAUGAUGGUGAAGAUGCAGUUCUUGAGGAUUCAUUACUUCAAGUUGAAGGUGCCACCACCAGUGGAAACUUCUACAGUUUUGCUAACCAUGGAGACCAGACUGACGCAGUAGAUUCUAGUCCAAGAACAUGGCGCAGAGGUACUGAUGGUGGUUUUGAGAUGGAAUUUGAAUAUAUCCCUUCAAGGAGCCACACCAGCAGUACCAGUCAGCGUCGGACUGGGAUAGAUGUGGUUUGCAGUGACGUUGGCUUCCAAAUUACUCUGCCGACAGGUUCAUUAAGUGAAGUCAAAGUUGUGGGCUCAAAGGACUUGCUGUCUGUUAUGGAUGCUCCAGAGUCUUGUGGUUAUGAAGUAAACCCUCUGACUAACACCUUGGCUGUACCCUUCACCGGGUGCUAUGUGAAACGGAGUGACCGCUACAGCCUGCAGUUGUUGUAUGUCAAUGAGUUUGAUCAGACACAAGUUGCUACUGCAUCUUGUGAGAGGAGUCUGAAGUUGGACCCAGGUAUGCUCCCUCGCUCCAGUGGCCAAUCCAGUCCCACAUUAAAGUACAUUGACCCAAUCCCAGAGCGGCCGCAACAGCCUGCAUCGCAAGUACCACCAACACCAAAGACACAUGGUUGUGGCAUCCCCACAGGGGAGCAGAUGACUUGUGGCCAGUCAGGAAUAUUGUCCUUAGACUGUGAGAUGAUGGGAUGCUGUGUGGAUUCUUCUACAUCUGCCUGCUACUACCCAAUGGAUGAGUGCACUGUCGAUCAACACUUUGUGUUCGCCAUUCGUGCCAACUCUGCAUCCAUCCCUGUGGACCCCACCAAGCUUGUUAUUACUGGGAGUACAAACUGUAAACCAGUCAUUGCCAACGACAAAGUUGCCAUCUUUAAGUUCAACGUUACAGAAUGUGGAGUUCAUGCUUAUGAAGUUGGUGAGACGAUGAUCUACCUGGCUGAAGUGCAGACUGCCGUCCAAUCUCUGACCUUCCAGUAUGGCAUAAUUACAACACGUGAUCCGCUCAGGUUCAUGGUUGAGUGUCGCUAUAGCAAAGCAGGGAUUGCUCCACAGUCACUAGCCAGUGCUGGCUACAUGGUGAAGACCCCGAGUUCCAGCUUGCCAUCAGCGGUCCUCUCUAAUGGCUUAUAUGCUGUUGACUUGAGAAUUGCUAAAGAUCAGACGUAUUCAAGCUACUUGCCCACAAACAAUCGGCCCUUGCGACUGCUGCUUGGCAAUCCAGUCUAUCUUGAGCUGCGCCUGAUAUCUCCAAAACCAGAUGCGGUAAUCCUCGUCAACUACUGUGUAGCUUACCCUCGCUCUGCAAGGAAUGCUCUGGUGCUUAUUUAUGAAGGGUGUCCCAACCUUUAUGCUCCAAAUGUGUCCGUCCUUAAAAUCAUUGACUCCACAAAUCGUCACCAGAGGCGGUUUGUGGUUGAAGCCUUCCAGUUUAUUGUUCAAAAGACAAACAGAUACCUUGAUGAAGAAAUCUAUUUCAUGUGCUCUACAGAAGUGUGUUUUGAAGCAGAUAGGCCAUGUGAACAACGGUGCUUUGAUGAAAAGGCACCAUAAGGAUGCUGCAGAAGACUUGAAGAUAAAGAUGAAGAUAAAGGGGGGGGAUGGAAUAAAUGAACCAUUUUAUAACACAGUA